AUGGACAAUCUGGAUCAGCUCGCGGACGAUGAGCUGCGGCUUCGGUUGAUGCAGUCCGGGUUUCCGAAUCUCCCGGUAACGUACACCACGCGCAAUAUUCUGAUAAAAAAGCUGCGCCACCACAUCGAAAGCGAAAAUCAGAAGAUGCGCCGCGAAUCGUCGAAGGCCGCGCGGUAUAGCUCAGGUGAGGAGUCGGACAACAACGACGGUGGUCCGAAGGCGACCCUGGCGCAAAGGAAAAUUACGUCCUCCAGUUCGACCCGCUCCGCACGUAACCAACGCGCCACCGUGGGCCCAACGGGAGGACAACCCGUGUCGAUGCCUCCACCAGCAUCCGUCCGGCCAUCUGUGUCCCGCCUCACCGUCAGCAGCAUAUCAUCACCAGCAGCGUCCAAGCAGCACAAUCUUAGUGGCAACACUUUUGCCGGAGCUAACGGUGCCGGUCCUAAUCAUCACCGUUUCGCAGUCACAACCGGCAAUAGCAAUAAGAAGGCAACACUUUCGCCAACCGGCGGCAGUUCCAUCUACAUCUCUCCGCUCAUUGUGCACGACAACGAAGACGAGGACUACCCAUCGUCUUUGCUGCGUGGUGGAAGCGGAGGGGGAGGUGCUGUAGGAUCGGGAUCACUUCGAAGCUAUGGUGGUGGAACGACUGGGACAUCCGCUUCGCACAGCUCCUUGUUCCGGAAGACGGCCCUUUCCGCGGGAAACAUUACACCGCCAUCCGCAAACAGCAGCAUGUACAGCAACGCCGGUAGUAGCGGAGCAGAAAAUAACAACAGCAGUGGUGGCAGUAUCAUGCUGAACGAUUCGAACGGCUCGAACGGUACCGGAACGUCGGGAGGUACUGCUAGUACGGUAGAUUCGCCGUACGUCAGCGAAUACACGAAGCGGUUGAUGCAGCUGCGCGGAGAAACGGUGUCGCACGAAAACUUCAACAGUGCCAUAGGUGGCAUCAUCGGCCGCAGGAGCGUCAAUAAUGCCGGAGGAGUCGCACCGGCAACCUCCCCGCGAUACAGCGCCCCCACAAGCCAAUUGCACCAUUUGCGACCACUUGCUUUCCAUCAGCAGCCGGUACCCGCGGGCGGUUUACUGCACCAUCCAUUGCGGACUGGUGGCCACCCGCAUCUGUUGAACAGCAAGGGCAUGCUGGGAGGUGUGCCCGGUGGUUCCGUUCCGCUUGGGUCGCCCGGUUCCAUCAUCGCCGGAAAUCACAUCCGCCAACGGUACAGUCGAUUGUCGGGAUCGAACGAGUUCAAUGAGAACGAUAUUGUGACGCACGCACAACCCUCGCCGGAUCCGUCGAGCAUACCGUUCCGGGCGACGAUCGGGAACCUGAUCGCAAAGCUCGAUGAGGAUUACGGUUUCAAGCAAACCUUCAUCCCGUGUGCCCUGCUCUGCCUGCUGGUGGUGUUUCUGGUGUCCGUCGCGUUCAUGUACAUGACCAUUAGCACCGAUCUGGCCAGCACGCUCAACUCAAUCGACACGCGUUACGAGCUCUGCGAGCACGGCGGGAGUCAGCAGGAUGCCACCAAGUGCGUCCUGCCAGCGGACGUCGAACCGGCCCUGGAACUGCUCAAACUAAUUGGCAACGAACUGAAGCUCCGCGUCGAGCGGCAUCAUUGUCGGCGCGAUGGGGACACGGCCGAAUCGGGGCUGAUGUCGGCCGGCGAGGUGCUUAAAUAUGCCAAGGAGUACUCCCCGUCCGUGUUGAUACCGCAGCUAACGCGCCACCUGCAUGCGAUGGAGUAUCUGAUCGAUCGGAACCCGCAGUGGCGCAUCAACCACUGUGACGCCGGUGGCGAACCGAUGACGUAUGAGCAAGUUCUCGAGCACCGCUCCGCCAAGACGAACCAUUUCACGAUCUUCAAACCGAAGCUGCCCUUCACGUGUAUGAUCUACAACAAGUUUCAAAAGUUCUUCGUCAUCGUGGGCGGAUUAGCGUUGACGGCGAUCGUUGUGAUCGUUGCUAAGUACUUCUUUAAGUUCGUGAUGCACGUGAAGCAGAGGCGGCGUGACCAAGUGAAUAGACUUAUCAGUGAGAUACUGCACGCCGUUAGCCAGGCGGCGGUGAACGCGUCCGAUGCCGCAAUGACCGGAAAGGAUACGGCGGCGUCACAAGCAGGAGUCGUGAUCAAUCACCUGCGGGAUCGUCUGCUUGGUAUGGACAACCGGCGUCGGCUCGGGUGGGUUUGGAAUGAAGCGCUUAGCUUCCUGGAGCAACACGAGAGCCGAAUUGCGUUCGAGGUCGGUACGAUCGGCGGCGAGGAUUUCAAAAUGAUGCGCUGGAUCGAUACUGCCCCGCUUGCCACCGUACCCGGUGCUGCUGGUCCCGGGAGUAGUGGGCGCCUAAGUGGUUCCCCGGCUUCUCCAGUAAGCGGUCCGUGCACAAAGAAAUGGCAAAGCCCGGCUUUCGACAACAGCAACAAGAUCCACGAUCCGCCGACACCGUGCCUCAAAAUCCGGCAGAUGUUCGACAAGUACGAGGUAAACGAUCCAAACCUGAAGACAAUCGUGCAAGAUGCCAUCCUGGAGAAGGUGGGCGGUCGGUGCAAGAUCUACGACAUCCAGCUUGACCGUAGCAGCUGCUGCGUAUAUGUGCGAUGCGCUUCGGCAAAGGAUGCUGGGAUCGUGCACGACGAGAUUAACGGAUGGUGGUUCGACAAUCGUCUGGUGUCGAUCAAGUUUUUGCGGCUCGAGCGGUACCUGCAGCGAUUCCCAAGGUCCUUGUCGGGUCCAGCUUGCUUGAAACCAUCGAACAAGAACAACUCCUCCAUGAGCCAUCAGCUCGGACUGAACAAUAAUGGAGGCCCAGCCGGCGCGGGUCGACGCUUUUCGGCCAACGGCAGCAAAGCGGGAGGUGGUAGUCGUACAAUGAACGAAGAUCUCGACACCGAUCCUGAAGAGUACGAGGAAGGCGAAGGCGAUGGUGACGAGGACGAAGAAGAAGACGAGGAGGAUGAGGAGGAACUGAUGGCAGUGGACGCUAGGUCUGGUAACAACAGCCGCCGAAACGUUGGCCGUCGAUCCGGACCGUUGGCAGAGAUGCGACGAAGAGCCAACGGACAAGACGAGCAUCGGGAAGAUGAGCAGGAGGACGACUAAUAAAGCGACGCCGAAACUGUGCACCACCAGGAGGCGGGAGGAGGAAAGUGGUACG